AUGUUCAUGAUCUCAUCUUUAGGUGGCUUGGGUGAUUCAUUAGUGUUCUUCUCCAUUUUCUUUGCCCUUUUGCUCGUUUUAUGGGCUGAUCCUUCAAGUAAAUACCGAAAGCGUCGAUGGAUACCCAGGCCGAUGUUUUAUGAAUUAUACAAGUCAAGUGAGCUUAGCUCUGCCGAUGGUGAUAUAGAGCGAGGCAAAAGGGCAGAAAAUUAG